CCUCCCCCCCCCCUGCCGCGGCACCGGUAUCCGCAGCGGCAACCCGGAGCCGUUGAGGCGGCGAAGGGGGGAAGGGGAGGAAGCGAGGGAUGAGCGCCGGGAGGGCGUCGGGGGCCUUGAGCCGGACGAGGACGCCCCUGAAGCCAGAACCGGAGCCGGAGCCGGAACCAGAAGCACACCACCGCCCCAUAGCCCCAGGAGGCACCCUGGCCCGAACUCGCCCUCCAGGGCCUCAUGUCGGAACCACAGCCUGACCUAGAACCGCCCCAACAUGGGCUGUAUAUGCUCUUCCUGCUUGUGCUGGUCUUCUUCCUCAUGGGCCUAGUAGGCUUUAUGAUCUGCCACGUGCUUAAGAAGAAGGGCUAUCGCUGCCGUACAUCCAGGGGUUCUGAGCCUGACGACGCCCAGCUCCAGCCUCCUGAGGACGAUGAUGUGAAUGAGGACACAGUAGAGAGGAUUGUUCGCUGCAUCAUCCAAAAUGAAGCCAAUGCUGAGGCCUUGAAGGAGAUGUUGGGGGAUAGUGAAGGAGAAGGGACAGUGCAGCUGUCCAGCGUGGAUGCCACCUCCAGCCUGCAGGACGGAGCCCCCUCCCAUCAUCACACAGUGCACCUGGGCUCUGCAGCCCCUUGCAUCCACUGCAGCCGCAACAAGAGGCCCCCACUUGUCCGUCAGGGACGUUCCAAGGAAGGAAAGAGCCGUCCCCGGCCUGGGGAGACCACCGUGUUUUCUGUGGGCAGGUUCCGGGUGACACACAUUGAGAAGCGCUAUGGGCUGCAUGAGCAUCGUGAUGGCUCCCCCACGGACAGGAGCUGGGGGUCUGGUGGGGGACAGGACCCAGGAAGUGGCCAGGGGUCUGGGGGAGGGCAGCCUGGGUCAGGGACACCUGUCACUGAGAAUCUACCCCCUGAGAGGCCCCAGGCCCUUGCCACCCCACCAGUACAGAAUGGAGGACUCAGAGACAGCAGGCUAGUCUCUCGCACACUUGAGGGGAACCCUGGAGCCUCUGCAGAGCCAACACUGAGGGCCAGAGGGAGGGAUCCAAGCCCAGGGCCCUCCAGUCAGGAGGCAAAUGGACACCGAAGCAAACUGGACACCUCUGACCACCAGGUGUCCCUGCCACAAGGAACAGGAAGUGUGUGAGCCUCAUUCUUCUUUGUGCUGACUGAACUGACUACCAGCUGGCAGGGCCAGGGGAUGGGUGGGCUUGAAGCCCCUCCUUCCCACUGGACAGCACUGCCCUCCUGCUGAGGGACCAGCCCUACUUCCUGGAGUUGCAUGGUCUCAGGUUGGGGGACCUCAGGAGGAGUGCCCCCAACCCUCAUCUGUGUCUCAUGCCCCUCCCCUGCCUGCCAACAGGCUGCCUAACCUGCCUUCCCUAUCAUCUCGCUCCAUAUGCUAGAGCGUGACAGCUGGGAGCAGGCCCCUGCCCUUGGUGGGCCCCUAAAGCAAUAGCACCUUAGGCCCCCUGCCCUCUUGGCACAAGAGGUCCAGGCCCUGGCUUGGGCUUUGUGCCCUUUAUUCACUGUCAAUAAAUCCGCUCAGACUAUUA